GUGAAGUUGGUCAGAGAAGGGAUUAAUGUCCCGGCAACGUCGUAACUCAACCGCUUUAAUUUGAUUUUUCUUAAAUAUAAACCGAUACUCUUCAUCGCUCAACCAUCACCAAAAAAGAAAGCAAUUUGUCUUCAAAACAUAUUUCUCUCUCUAAAACCUCUUUUUCAUAAAAGGUUGCGUCAUCUAUACGAAUCCAUACGUCUCUUUGCUUUUCUCCGAUCGGUCUUCUUUUCUCAUCGCCGGAACGCUUUGGUAAUGUUUCUCAUUUCUCCGAUCAUUAUUGUUGUUUCGCCGUUGAGCUGAUUAUUUCGUGUUGGUAUGUAUAAACAAGCCGAUCGUUGUUUCCUUUUUUCUCUUGUGAUUGUGUGAUGAUGGAUUGUUUCUUUUUUUCGGUUUAAUCCGGUUUAUUCCCGGUUUUGCUGCUACAUCGGUGACUUUUCCCACAAUCUUCGGGUAUGAUCGCGAUCAUGUCCGUUAACCGGAGUCGGUUCUGAUAAUUUCAGACUUCGAAUUUGUUCUCUUUCACGUAGUUGUUAGCUUUUUAAGAUUCCGAUACUGAGAAGAGACCAGCUCGGUGAUUAGAGGAGAUGUUGUAAGCUUUGUGUUUUGGUUAGCUGUUGAUAAUGUUGUUCAGGCUGCUACUUCAGCGAUGCGGGUAAGCUAGUUUGGGAUAUAGUGUAUUAGCAUAACCUAGGCUUAGCUGGUUUGUAUCCUGCAGGCUGCAGGUUUAGUGGCAAUGGUGGUUUCUAGUUCUAUCAUACCUUUCUCCACCACGAACCUCUGGUAGUUGAGAAACUGGAGAAAAGCCUAAUCAGUGAUUCAAGUGUUUGGAAGAUUUGAGAACUAGUACGGCUAUAGUUUCAGGUCAGAAUUCAUCUUCCUCUUUGAGAACUUUUAGAAACUUUGAAAUUAUGGCAUCAUUCUUAAAGAAAUUGCAUUGAUAACACAUUUCAAACAGAUGUUAGUUCCUCAUGUUAGCCCAUUAGGAUUGGUGGCUGGCCUAUCCUUGAUGUAUUCUGAUUUGCGGAUUGUGUUGUGGACCUUCUUGGUUGAUUGGGAAAGCAAAGCGAACUUGAACUCAAGUCAUCUAGAAGUUAUUCUGAUCCAUAGGGGUAAGGAAAUAACCAUAACUAGUCUCUGCCAUCACAUGUGUACCAGAGUGUGUUUAGUCAGUUGAAGAUGCUUGAGGUACGGUAUCCAUGAGUGGGGAACUUCAAUCUUCCUAACAAACUACAUCUAUCAUAUAAUGGUUUCUAGAGUGACAUGCUGUCACGUACAAGCAUUUGAUUUGGAUGCACAAUGAUGUGAAACAUAAUGCUAAUUUUAAGAAAGCAUCCUUUCACACAAGCCCGAAUUCAGGAGUCUAUUAAGGUGUGCUGGUGGGUUUGAAGACAAUAAGAGCGCAGAAAUAGUAAAUGAGGUAGUAAGCCUUUGCAGGCUAGUACUUUUGUGGACUAAAUCCGUUUAUCUAAGGAAACUGUAGUGUAUUCAAUUUGUGGAUCAGAGGAGAAGGAAUAGAAUUUGGUGUUCUCAUUGUAUUAGUGAAGUCAAGGGCCUAAUUGCUUCCUGUUGGUCUACUUUAAAGGUGUGCAGAAAUGAUGAAUCAGUGAUCAAUCAAGCACGACGGCUUUAUCACUUGGGUAGUGUAGUGUAUUCGUGGUUAGGACUUUCUAAACCUAUAUCCUUCUAGGAUUAUUUGCCUGCAGGUGCACUUUUGAGGGUUUCGGUUCAGAAAAAUAUUUUAAGCUUAAGUCCUGCUAUUGGAUUUUCCAUGUAAUUUUCUUGCUCAUGUCAUCUAUGGUUGUAAGUUUAGUGAAAUACAUGUACAAGGCCUUUACUUGAAUAUAAACGAAGAAGUAGUACAUUGAUAGAAACUGAAAAGAUGAUAUCAAGUGUUACCUAUUUUGCAUGAACUUGCUCUGAUGCUCUUUUAUGCGGAUACAGUAUAUGAUAAUUUGCCAUCGUGCCUUAUUCUUUCAUCCUCUUCUAUUUCCUAAUCAGUUUCCUAUAGACUUUUCUGUAAAUUCUAUAGACUUUUUGAAAGUGUGUAAUUUGAUGAACUCCUUGUAUUACUCUUCACUUUUGAUGGCUCUGGUUUGGAGAGUCGAGAACCUUAGUGAUACUUUAAAUGCAAAGGCUUCUUAGUUUCCCAACCGUGCUUGUUUUCUGCCUCUCUUUUCUUUUGGUUUAAAAGAAGUAUGUCUGUUGUUAUUGACAAACUCUUCUAUGUAAGUUUUUCUUAUGAACUAAAAGAUCUGUACUAUUAAGGUUUAUUUUUCAUGUAUAAGCAUCAUGAACUUUCCUGCAGCACAGAGCCUAAGUCCACAAAAACUUGUUUGCUUAUGAUAUCAUGAGAUCUGAGGUAUAUAAUAUGGUAGGUACAUGUUACAAAGGUAAUGGUACUAGAGCUUGAAACUAUGGACUGAUUUCUUAUAUAUUUACUUGGGAAAUUUGGCUAUCAGACUGAAAGUAAACUAUGUUGGUUGGAAAUUAUAGAUUUUUUUUUUUUCUGAGCUUGCGGAUGUUUUCCUGGGAUUUUGAAUGGUGAGAGAAAUUUUUGUGCAGGUUUAAUGGGGCACAGACAUUUUCUUGGUUCAUCCCAGUUUUUUGAUGAUGAACAUGAUCAAGGCUGGAAUCAUACACACCCAGAACAUCCAUAUUCGAGUCAAGCAACAUCUGGGACCAGUGAGAACAGAUCACAUGUUUAUCCAGCAGAAAACAUGUUGAAUGAAGGAAUGCCAGUGUCUUCUCAUUGGAACUCUUCUCCAGGACCAAAUGCUUAUACUGACUCAGGUCAUAGUGUGGAGAGACCACACUACAAUCCGGGGGUUUCGGGGCCGUCCCAUGAUCCUUCCGUGAAUUCAACAGUUCCAACUUUCUCUGCUCCACAUGAGAAUUAUGUGACAUUUGCAUCUUCUUCAAGCUACAACAGCCAGACAUGGUCAAAUGCUAGUUAUGUUGAUCAUCAAUCUAUGGAAAGUGUGAGAGGAGCACAAAAGAGAAAACGACCAUGUCCUUCUUCCAUCUAUGAAAUGGGUAGUUCAAGCCAAUAUCACGGUGACAGAACUCCUGCAGACACUCAUUUCCCCUCGGAAUUGCACUUGGGAAAAUCAAUAACGCAUGAUCAUGACCCUCAUUACAUGCCAUGGCUUAUGAACCCAACUUACAGAAGUAAUAAUCUCUCGAUCAGGGGAGAGAGCUCUUCAAGGAAUGUCCGGAGUCGUCCUACACUUGAUUCAGAGACCAGCUUAGGUAGAAAUAAUUUGCCAAGAAGCUUGAGCCUUGAUUCUCAUUCUACACACCACCACAGUGUUGAUCAUUAUGGCUCAGGUCAAUUUCCUGGUCAGACAUCUCACGGAAAUAAAGACUGGAACUGUGCUAGAUUGUCCCCAGUUCUUAGAGAUAUAAAUGGCUUUAGUCCAGAGACAAAUAAUUUCCUUCCUGCAAGAAGUGUUGUCAACAGCUUAUCUGUUAAUACUUCCGGCUAUCAUCACCAUGAGCUUACCGGAAACAGAAACCCUACAGUUUCCCACGGGGUUCCUGGAACUUCAACACUAUCUACAAGCAGCAGCCGCUUCUCUCAUAGGUCAACAUCCACCUAUAGAUCUUCUUCACACGGUUCGCGAUCGGGACAUGUAGCAUCUUCUUCUGGAGACAGGUCUCAUUUGGUCACUGAGACUUAUCCGUCUAGGCAUUUAAGGCCACCACCACACAUUUCAUGGCGUAGCGGUGAUCGGCCAGGGAGACGCAGAAGUUCCUAUGAGAGGUUUCAGCCUCCUUUCGAUGAAGUUGCUCUCCACGAACGGUUUUCAUCUGAGGAAUUCAUGGUUGAAGAUCGCCAACCACAAUACUACGGAUCCAGAAACAUGCUUGAUCACCACAGAGACAUGAGGCUUGACAUCGAUAACAUGAGCUAUGAGGAACUCCUUGAUCUUGGAGAAAGGAUUGGGAGUGUCAACACUGGUCUAUCCGACAGCGCAAUCUCCAGUUGCUUGUUAGCAACAAUGUAUUAUCCAUCAUAUCAAACAGAGGAGCAAAGAAAAUGUGCAAUCUGCCUGGAGGAGUACAAGGAAAAAGAAGAGUUAGGGGAAGUUAAGGGGUGUGGUCAUGACUACCAUGGGAGGUGCAUCAAGAAAUGGUUGUCUAUGAAGAACUCUUGCCCUAUUUGCAAAUCCCCUGCUUUACCUGAUGCUUCUAAGAACUCAUCAUAAAUUAUAGGUUAUCUUUUAUGUGUGCAUGUUAUAUUCAUUUGUCUUUCGAAAGGAAGAAAAAUAUGUGACAGAAUAUAACAUUAAGUUUUCUUAGUGAUUAAUAGUUGUAAAUAGAAGAAAGUCCAGGAUCUUUCUCAAGGGUUAAUAUAUAUGUUAAUUAUUGGAAAAGGCUCUCUUUGGAAAAUCUGGAUUUGUUACAGAUGCAAAUAGUUACACAACACUUCACACUAUAUGGUAUUUCAUCUUCAAAGAGAAAUAAGAUUGACAAAUAAAGAGAUGAUAUAGUCCUUGAAUUUUCCUUGUGGAUGGGUGAAUUCUUCACCGGUCCUGUAGGUCACAUCUAUCAUUUUUCCAGCAUUAGUGGCCCGUGAUAAGAUAUCGCCUGAUAUUAUCUUCCUUGACUUCAAGUACACUUCGUUCACUGACUUGGCCGUCUGGAUUUAAGCCACUCAUAACUUUUUCUUCUAGCAGUUUGUACCAACCCAAGAAAACUGCAUGAAACAGUUACAUACAUUGACACCUCAACACCACCAAUCUCCAAGUACUCAUCGAAUGUAGGCACGAUGUCUCCUUGUGCCCACUCUGCAUAGCUAAGGUUGGCCUUUG